CGCGCUGUGCUGGAGCUUCCUAAACUGUGUGUUUUACACUCGUUAUCCACAAAACACAACAUUUAACAGCACGUGCGUUCGUGCGCAUGCAGAUAUCUGAGAAUUAUAAUAUUUCUACAUCUAAUCCUUCUACACAGUGACAUCAUUUCUCUCCCUAAUUCAUGUUUUAACCUGUCACGUGAUUUGGUGUGAAUGGAAGGAGAGCCUCCAGCACCAUCACUGGUCUUCAGGUCCACUCAUCAGGGCUUUCAUGGCAGCAUCAAGACCUCGCCCCAGGACUUCGUGGUCACCGAGAUCGACGUGCGAGGGCAGCUUGUGAACAGUCCGAGCGUUCCCGAGGAACCUGUGAGGGUCAGGGAUGAUCUCAGAGAUGUUCCUCACAAAGACACCAGCAGAGGAACCCUCCUGACUGAGGAAACGCCUUCCGCUGACGGCGCAGGUGAUGGCGAGGCUCUGAGCCAGGAGUGUUUGGACCUGAGUCUGAUUCUGGGCUCGGCUCUAAUCGCGACCUUGGACCGGUUUGCCAGCGGCGUCCAGGCCAGCAGUGAGACACGCAACAUGGAGAUGUCCCUCGGAACCUUUCCUGAUAAACACCAGCGAGCCAUCGUGCACAGCGCCGUGAGACACACCUACCCCUUUCUCAUGACGGUCACCGACCACGAGGAGAUCCUGGUCAGAGAAGACCCAGACUUCAGAGAACUUUCACAGCUGGUGUCUGUAGAGGAAGCGGAGGAUUUCUUCAGGUUCAAAGACGCCAAAGUUCCCGGCUCUACCUUCAACUUCCGACCUGAUGACAUCAAAGAGCACCGGACGUCUGUUCACCAUUUUGUGAGCAGAAAAUUUGGAAAGCUGGUGGAAACCAAGAGCUUCGGGACGCAGGGGAGAACUGCUAUUACAGUGAGGCUGAGGGAGCGAGGGGGACACGCCAGGAAGAGGACGGCAGCGGAGCGGGACGAGCAGGACGUCUACACGGGUUUUACUCUGAGGAAAGAGAAUCUCGAGACGUUGGAGGCCAUCAGCUACAUGGCAGCAGUGCUCGGAGUUCUUCCCUCCGAUUUCUCCUACGCUGGAAUCAAAGACAAACGAGCCGUAAGCCAUCAGUCUAUGGUCGUCAAGAAGAUUUCUCCAGAGCGGUUGUUGGCGAAGGCGCAGAUGUUUGAGGCGAAAGGAAUCCAGCUGUCUAAACUGCACCGGGUGUCUGAGCCCCUGCGGCUGGGGCGUCUAGCAGGAAACCGCUUCGAGCUCGUCGUCCGCCACCUGAAGCCUCACGAGUCCAGCGCAGGAGAUCUGGACGGUCUCGUGAAAGAGGCUGUGGAGAACGUAAAGACUCGGGGCUUUGUGAAUUAUUACGGCCCACAGAGGUUUGGAAGCAGCCAGAAGGUGCAAGCAGACCGAGUGGGGCUCGCACUCUUGCAGGAGGACACGAACGCAGCUCUCAGGUUGUUCCUGAGCCCUGAGGAAGGUGAUGACCUUGAAAAUAAAGCCAAGCAACAUUUCCAUGAGACAGGGAACGCUAAAGAAAGCCUGGCCCUGAUGCCCGUGUACAAGGCCAGGGAGCGGCUGAUGCUGCGAGCUCUGCACCGCUACGGCGGCGGCCCGGACGGCGCCACUCACGCCUGGCUCAGCCUGCCGCACGCCAUCAGGGUGUUCUACCUGCACGCCUACUGCAGCCGCGUGUGGAACCAAGCAGCGUGCUUCAGGCUGCAGGCUCUAGGACCCAGGGCCGUCCAGGGAGACCUGGUCUUAUCUACGUCCUGCAGCGAAGAAGAAGCAGCUCAGACCUCACAGGUGCACGUCAUCACGGCUGCAGAGGAGCGCGACGGCGUCUUCUCACUCGAUCAGGUGGUCCUGCCCAUGCCAGGAAACAGCGUCAAGUACCCCGAGAACGCGCUGGGCCCGUGGUACCAGGACAGACUGGGGCGGGACGGCCUUCGCUCCUGUAGAUUCAGGAUCCCCUCGCUUAAACUCAACGUCCCGGGCUGCUACCGCCCCCUAGUGUCCUACCCUCGUGACGUCUCCUAUAGCCUGCACACUGAUCAGGACACACAGGACACGGUCGUGGAAGCGUCCCCGUGCAGAACCAACCUGGAGCUGUCCUUCAGCCUGAACGCUUCCUGUUACGCCACCGUGUGUCUCCGAGAAAUCAUGAAGUGUGACCCGUAGGAGAUCCGAGUGACCACACACACACACACACACACAA